ACUGUGAAGCAGGAUGAGAUUGUUUUGAUGGCUACGGACUGUUUUGGAUCAGAAUGGAUUGCAAACUCCACCAAACUGCUUUUCGAACUGUGUCCAGGUUCUACUCGCAAGCUUGUGGCUCACACCGGACCUCAAAAAGACUCAAAGAACAUCAGGAGUUGCCUUAAGCUCCUUAAUGAAGCUGGUGAAAAUGUACCUCGGUUUGUUUCUCACCAUCUUGAUGAACUUCCACCUGUGACUUUUAACAGCCUUGAUGUGUCCUGUUUGCUUGGUAAGAUUGAACAACUAAGUGUGGAUUUUACAACUAUGAAACAGGCUGUGUCUCUGCAGACUAACACUUAUAACGAUCUGCGGAUUAUUACCACGGACAUAAACCAACGUUUGAGUGCUAUUGAGCAGCCUAGACCAAAUCUGAAGAGAGGGCCUGUUCUCCAAACCAUCAAGCCUGUGACGACUCAGAGAGUGUCCACUCCUCAAGCCUGUGAGAAGACCCAAGAUGACAUGGAGGGUCAGACCAGCGAAGGAGAUUUAAGCCAGAUGGAGAAUUCUGUCUCAGGCAGAAGUGGAGUGGAGUGGAGUGACAUGGCAGCUACUCCACCCUGGAACCUGGUACAGGACAAGAGGAGCAACAACCGCAGAAAACAGGUCCAUGAAAAUGCUUCAGUAAAGCUCAAACCUCGGCUGAAUCCUCACAAAGGGAAGAAACCUGCUGGCAUUUUUGGAACUGGUACAGGUGGAGACAUCCAAGUCAUAAAAUCCAAACUGGCCUUUCUAAACCAGCUCUGACUGUUCAGCCUCAGAGUUCAGUGUUUACUGAAGACUCAGUUACUCUGGGAUGUGAGCUGAUUCACUCACAGAAUGGAUGGGUGUUUCUCUGGAGAAAAGACUCAAACCGUGAAUCUACUGGAGCUGCAACUAAAAUAAUCAAACUUGCAAAAGUCUCUGAUGGAGGAGCGUUCAAGUGCAGAGCACGAAGCGAAAAAUAUUACACAGAUUACAGUGAAUCAGUAAC